CUUCCUGCCCAUGUCCUAUCCAGCUGUCACAGCACUACUACAAGUUCUUCACCUGGCGCUUCCCCAGCACCAUCUACAACGAGGCCUUCGACCUGCUGACGGGUUUGAGCGAGGCCGGCCGCGGCGACAGAGCCAGCUGCUUCUCCUUCCAGAAGGAGCCGGACACAGAGGAGGACGAGGACGAGACGCAGGGCAUGCUGCAGUUCCCCAUGGACGCUCCGGGGGGCGCCAGCGCCUGCUGCCUGACCCUCAUGACCCUGGGGCUGCUGUCUGUGGACGUCAGCAUCCCGCAGCAGAUCGUGGUGGUGGACAGCACCAUGAUGGACAGCGAAGUGGUCAAGAGCCUCACUAGAGCGCUGGAGGAGGAAGAGGAGGAGGAGGAAAGUGACAGGAAGAGGAGGCUGGAGGUCAAACCCACUCAGGCGUCUCACACUAAUUACCUGCUGAUGAGGGGAUAUUACACACCCAUCCUGCGCUCUCAGACACACAACUCCAACAGCACCGACAGCAUCAUGGUCAACACCUGCAACGUCCACCUGAGACUGAGACAGACGCCCGCACACACACUGUUCAGCAGCAGCGCUGCUGCUCUCUCAGCUCUGUCUCCCCUGCACUCCUCCGUCUCUCCCUCCGUUCUUCACUCGCACGUAUCGCUCGGCUCCGUCGACCUGCAGCUGUUCCUGGAGCGCUGUGUGAGCCUGCUGGGAUACGGAGCGCAGGACGUGCAGGCGCUGACGGAGAUCAUGCGCGCCGUGGAGGAGGGGGCGGAGUUUGGCGUUGACAGACAGGACCUCUGCGAGCGCUUCAUACACCUGGACCAGCCUGAAGAUGGGCGGAGCAGAACACUCCUGCAGUACAUACAGGACCUGGUGGACGGGGAGCAGCUGGUGGAGGCGGGCGCUCUCUCACAGAGGCUGGUGUGUGCGGAGGCUGCGUCUCAUUGGCUGUUACACACCAGGUGUGAGAGUGUGCAGAUUCAGCAGGUGUCCCCAACGAGAAGCCCCGCCCCCGACUCCGCCCAUGACACGCCCCCACCUACUGAGGGACAGGCUGUGGAAUCAGAACUACAGGAGACAGUCACUGAGGAUCCCGUCUCCAUGGACACAGCUGUCAAUCAGACUGUUGCCAUGGAACCUGCUUCCACAGACACCGCUGAAAAUCGGUCCGUUUCCAUGGAGCUUGAUGCUGAGGAGGUGGUUGCUAUGGAGGAGGUGGUCCAUAAAGAUGACGGAGGCUCAGAACAGCACAUAUCAGAUGACAAAGGGGUGGGGCUUAACACAAGCCCCGCCCCCUCCCCGAUGAAAGAUGGAGCUGAAGGAGCUGCUGAUCUGGACACACACGGGUCGCUGCGGUUCGUCAGCCGGCCGUGGCGUGUGGUGGACGGCUCGCUCAACCGGCCCGUGUGUAAAGGCAUGCUGGAGUCUCUGCUGCUGCACAUCAUGUCCAGCCCGGCGCUGCUGGAGGCUCAGCUGCUGCAGCACUACAGUCAGGUGCUCCAGCCGGUGGUGGUGCUGGAGCUGCUGCAGGUCCUGGUGGAUGUGGGCUGCGUGAGGAAGCGCUACACCAUCCAGCAGCACAAACCGUCGCUCUUCUCCAAGCCCAGAGCGCCGCAGGUCAAAGGUCAGGCCGAGGUCGGUCUGAGGGACGCUGGGACGGUGUUUUACGAGCCGACGGUGGACUGUGUGCUCAGACUGGCGCGGGUCUUUCCUCACGAGCUCAACUGGAACAGAUGGGUGCAGCUGUGUCUGCGCUCAUGAGACGAACUGUGUUUUAAUAUCAUCAUCUGUUCAUACGUCUAAACAAAGACUUCUGUCCAUGAUGUGCCACUUCAGUUCAACAUGUUCCUGGAGCAGCCAGCUGGUUUUAUUUUUUUAUUUUGAGAGAUAACCGUGAAGAAAUGCUGAAUGUGAAUGAUUCAGAGGAAGAGGAUCUGAAGCGGCUCGAAACAGAUCAAUUACAUAAUCAAUGAGAAAUAAUUGUAUGUAAAGGUCUCCCUCUGAGAAAUAGCUUUAUUUAAGACAUUUUGGAGGUUAAUCAUACCACAUUUGUUUAAAAGGUUACUUUAGUUUUAAGCUUGUAUGUUUCAUUCUUACUAAUAAACAGCGUGGAAGAGCUUGUGAAAAUA